GCUUGGUAGCAGUUCGGACUGUGCGGUGCUCCCCAGCACCCGCUACCUUCUGUGGCCGUGCUGGCGUCGGGCAGCACCAGCGUUGAGCUCUCACAGGCCCCCCUCGUGCUGUGUGGGCAGCCCUCCACCAAAGAAGAGAUGGAGAUGGUGGACUCCGAGCGCCCGCCGGCCAAGAAGAACUGGUACGAGCGCUACGUGCUGCCCUUCUUCGCUGAGCUGCUGGGCACUGCAGCCUUCGUCUUCAUCGGCUGCAUGUCAGUUGUGGAGGACUCAGGAAAAACCGGGACGAUGCAGCCUGCGCUGGUCCACGGGUUGUCCAUCGUGCCCAUCGUUGUCAGCCUGGAAAACAUCAGUGGAACUCAUAUCAACCCUGUCGUGUCCCUGGCCAUAUGGCUGAUCGGCAAGAUGGAACACAUCAUGGUCAUCCCGUACAUUAUUGCCCAGCUCUGCGGAGGGAUCUUAGGGGCUGCUCUGACAAAGGCCGUGGCAAAGAGUGACAACUUCAACAACAGCUACGGAGGGGCCUUUGAAGUCAUCCAGAGAAAUGAGCAGAUCGGCGCAGCGCUGGGCAAUGAGAUCAUCAUGACCACCUUCCUGUUGCUUGUGGUCUGCAUGACUGCAGUCAAUGCGGAAACCAAGAGCAAUCUAGCACCUGUCUGCGUCGCCCUGACAGUCGUCAUCAACGUCAUGGUGGGGUCCGUAUCUGGACCCUGCAUGAACCCUGCUCGAGCCUUUGGGCCAGCUGUGAUAACCAACUACUGGCUCUACCACUGGGUGUACUGGGUCGGGCCUGUGAUCGGCUGCCUGAUCUGCAGCAUACUGAUGAGGUUUGUGAUUGGUGGCCGGGAGAUCCGCCUGUUCCUGAAGUAAGGCUGCACAACAGCACAACACAACCCUGGCACCUCCUGCUGAGCACACUGCUGAGAC